GGGGGCGAGUGCAGCGGGCGCCCGCUCCCCGCCGAGCGCCUGUCGCCCGCCGGAGCCUCUGCCAGGGGAUGCGGUGGGAGGCGCUAGGAACCACUUAGCUACCGCCAAACGCCCAAUGCCGCACUCGCUCACUCCCCCCGCCAGCGGAAGCGCCCGCGGAGCACAAUGCAGCACUGAGGCAACGCCGCGUUGGAGGUUGCAGCGCCGCGGCCGCCGCAGCACCAGCGGGACCGGGGAGGGGGCGGCCCGGGCGAUCCGGGGGCGCGGGGCGCGGGAUCCGGACGCAGCUGCCGGGGCAUGAAGAGCUGAGCGUCUUGGGCGAGGCGGGCUGCGGCAGCACCAUGCAGGCGGCGGCCGUGUCCGUGCCCUUCUUGCUGCUCUGCGCCCUGGGGACCUAUCCCCGGGCACGCUGCGGCCAGGCAGAAGACGCCUCGUUGACGGAGCUGGAGAGGAAGAACGAAAACCGAUUCCUGGAGCGCCAGAGCAUUGUGCCACUUCGGCUCAUCUACCGCUCCGGCGGCCAAGACGAAACUGGGCACGACGCGCUGGACACCCGGGUGCGGGGCGACCCUGGCGGCGGGCAGUUGACUCACGUUGACCAGGCAAGCUUCCAGCUGGAUGUCUUUGGAACAUCCUUUAUUCUUGAUGUCCUGCUAAAUCAUGAUUUGCUGUCCUCUGAAUAUGUGGAGAGACACAUAGAACAUGGAGGGAAGACUGUGGAAGUGAAAGGAGGAGAGCACUGUUACUACCAGGGCCGCAUCCGAGGAAACCCUGCCUCAUUUGUGGCAUUGUCAACAUGCCAUGGACUUCACGGGAUGUUCUAUGAUGGGAACCACACCUAUCUCAUUGAGCCAGAAGGAAAUGACACCGCCCAGGAGGAUUUCCAUUUUCAUUCGGUUUACAAAUCCAGACUGUUUGAAUUUCCCUUGGAUGAUCUUCCAUCUGAAUUCCAACAAGUAAACAUCACUCCACCAAAAUUUAUUUUGAAGCCAAGACCCAAAAGGAGUAAACGGCAGCUUCGUCGAUAUCCUCGUAAUGUGGAGGAGGAAACCAAAUAUAUUGAACUAAUGAUUGUGAAUGAUCAUCUCAUGUUUAAAAAACAUCGGCUCUCAGUUGUACAUACCAAUACAUAUGCCAAAUCUGUGGUGAACAUGGCGGAUUUAAUAUAUAAAGACCAACUUAAGACAAGGAUAGUAUUGGUUGCCAUGGAAACCUGGGCGGCUGACAACAAGUUUGCCAUAUCUGAAAAUCCAUUGAUCACCCUACGUGAGUUUAUGAAAUACAGGAGGGAUUUUAUCAAAGAGAAAAGUGAUGCAGUUCACCUUUUUUCGGGAAGUCAAUUUGAGAGUAGCCGGAGCGGGGCAGCUUAUAUUGGUGGCAUUUGCUCGUUGCUGAAAGGAGGAGGCGUGAAUGAAUUUGGGAAGACAGAUUUAAUGGCAGUUACACUUGCCCAGUCAUUGGCCCAUAAUAUUGGAAUUAUCUCAGACAAAAGAAAAUUAGCAAGUGGUGAGUGUAAAUGUGAGGACACGUGGUCUGGAUGCAUAAUGGGAGAUACCGGGUAUUACCUUCCUAAAAAGUUCACCCAGUGUAAUAUUGAAGAGUAUCAUGACUUCCUGAAUAGUGGAGGCGGUGCCUGCCUUUUCAACAAACCUUCUAAGCUUCUCGAUCCUCCUGAGUGUGGCAAUGGCUUCAUUGAAACUGGAGAGGAGUGUGACUGUGGGACCCCAGCAGAAUGUGUCCUUGAAGGAGCAGAGUGCUGUAAGAAAUGCACCUUGACUCAAGACUCACAGUGCAGCGAUGGUCUUUGUUGUAAAAAGUGCAAGUUUCAGCCUAUGGGAACUGUGUGCCGAGAAGCAGUAAAUGAUUGUGAUAUUCGUGAAACAUGCUCAGGAAAUUCAAGCCAGUGUGCCCCCAAUAUUCAUAAAAUGGAUGGCUAUUCAUGUGAUGGUGUCCAGGGAAUUUGCUUUGGAGGAAGAUGCAAAACCAGGGAUAGACAAUGCAAGUACAUCUGGGGGCAAAAGGUGACAGCAUCAGAUAAGUACUGCUAUGAGAAACUGAAUAUCGAAGGCACUGAGAAGGGUAACUGUGGGAAAGACAAAGACACAUGGAUACAGUGCAACAAACGGGAUGUGCUUUGUGGUUACCUUUUGUGUACCAACAUUGGGAACAUCCCGAGGCUUGGUGAGCUCGAUGGUGAAAUCACAUCUACCUUAGUUGUGCAGCAGGGAAGAACGUUAAACUGCAGCGGUGGGCAUGUUAAGCUUGAAGAAGAUGUAGACCUUGGCUAUGUGGAAGAUGGGACACCUUGUGGUCCCCAAAUGAUGUGCUUAGAGCACAGGUGUCUCCCCGUCGCUUCCUUCAACUUUAGCACCUGCUUAAGCAGUAAAGAAGGCACUGUUUGUUCAGGAAAUGGAGUUUGCAGUAAUGAGCUGAAGUGUGUGUGUAACAGACACUGGGUAGGUGCAGACUGCAGCACUUAUUUCCCUCACAAUGAUGAUGCAAAGGCUGGCAUUACUCUAUCUGGCAACGGUGUUGCUGGUACCAAUAUUAUAAUAGGCAUAAUUGCUGGCACCAUUUUAGUGCUGGCCCUCAUAUUAGGAAUAACUGCGUGGGGAUAUAAAAACUAUCGAGAACAGAGACAGUUACCCCAGGGAGAUUAUGUAAAAAAGCCUGGAGAUGGCGACUCUUUUUAUAGCGACAUUCCUCCUGGAGUCAGCACAAACUCAGCAUCUAGUUCUAAGAAGAGGUCUGCUUUUCUGUCGCAUUUUCAGAUUUCUACCUGUUCCAUCACACAUUAUUCCAUUAGUCAGAACAUUUCAUUAUUUUGCAGCAGGUCAAAUGGACUCUCCCAUUCUUGGAGUGAAAGGAUUCCAGAUACAAAACAUAUUUCAGACAUCUGUGAAAAUGGGCGGCCUCGAAGUAACUCUUGGCAAGGUAACCUGGGAGGCAACAGAAAGAAAAUCAGAGGCAAAAGAUUUAGACCUCGGUCUAAUUCAACUGAGAGGGAGCCCCAAGCACCUGAGCCUGGGCACUCCCUCGCCCAGACUGUCCCAUCCCAAGGCAUAAGCCCAGGGGGCUCUGACAGCCCCCAGACAGGGAGUCUGGAUCACAGGUAUUUAAACCCAUGGUUCAAAAGAGACUAUAAUGUAGCUAAGUGGGUAGAAGAUGUGAAUAAAAACACUGAAGGACCAUACUUUAGCUCCCAAGAUGGCCAGCGUCAGGAGGACAGGACUUUAUCUCCUGCCAAGUCUCCUUCUUCAUCAACUGGAUCCAUUGCCUCCAGCAGAAAAUACCCAUAUCCAAUGCCUCCCCUCCCUGAUGAGGAGCAGAAGGUGAACCGACAAAGUGCCAGGCUUUGGGAGACAUCCAUUUAAGAUCAACUGUUUACAUGCGAUACAUCGAAACUGUUUACUUCAACUUUUAUAGAAACCCAGCCUCACGGAAUCACUGCAAAUCUAUCUGCUCUUCGGACAAUUCGAAACCAUCUCUAAAUGCCACAGGGGAGAGGAAGCGAGUCUCACAUCUGGAUACCAUUUUCUUUUUGUCACUGGCUUAGGAUUUAACGGAAACACGAAAAGAACCACUGACAUGUUACACUAUAACAUGGAACAACAAAGGUACUGGUACAUUCAUGGAUAAUCCGCAUGCCAGUUAUCUGUAGAAAUCUCACUAAAAUUAACUCACAUGACCCAAAUGUAGCAAGUUUCCUAAGGGACGAUAGUGGAUUCAGAAGUCGACAUUCUGAAGCACAUCCUCAUUGUAGACAGUAAUGCUAUGUGCAUGAAGCUUCUCUUUAUUGUUUUCCACGUUUAAGGAAACAACAUCCCAUAAUAGAAAGUAGCAUGCAGGGCUAAGCCAUAUAGGAUUUUUUUCGGCAGGACUCCAAAGCUUGAGAGGCUAAUAUCCCGUAUGCUAACUGUAAACAUGUAUUUUUAUUUUUUUUAAUUUUCAUAUUUAUAUCCGCAUACAAGGACAAUUGUACAUAUGUAAACAUUUUUAAAAUUUAAAAAAAAGCAGCUGUUACACACAAGUGUAUCUUGCCAAAUGCCUAAGAACAAUCAGUCACAGUCAUGUCAUCGUAAUCAUUCAAAUGGUCCUUAAAGAUUGUAACCAGAUGAUGUUGUAAAUAGACUGGUCAGUGCUGUAUACUUGUCUCCCCAUAAUUGGUAUUUGUCCAAAACAUGUGAUAUCCCUUUAAAUUGUGCAAAAUCUGGAGGCAGUUCUAUUGAACAAUUCAUUCAACAAGAGAACAAAAUUCCUAGCAAAACUUAGGGUCUGCACUGCUUGCCGGAACAGGAAUCCAGCAGUGCAGCUGCUGUCCUGCCUCCAGGCGCUCUGCUGCUGGUCGGCUGCUCCUUGGAAGUCCUCCAGCCUGUCCAGUUUCCUUCUGAGGGGGCUACAGCACCUGCCUCAGCAGCUGUAAAUUUUCGGUCCUAGAGCCAAUCUCCUAGUCUCACCCUGUAAGCCCCUUGCUGCUGAGAUUAAGCAAAUGCACCAAAGACACAGGAGACCAUGGCUGCUGAUGCAUUGGUAACUUCCAACUUGCCAAUACUCUAACCCUUUGUGGCCUAAAUUUUUGUUCUUUAACACAACUUUUUAGCCACCCUGAUCUGUGACAUGAAUGACUUUUUAAAAAAAUUAAAAACAACUUUUACACUGUUUUUGAGGGGUAUUUCUCAUUGGUGGGACGGGAGUCCCAACAAGUCAUUCUGCACUGACUUGUAAGAUAAUGGAAAUUCUACCAGAUGGGCUAGGAAGCCUCAACAGGCCACCAAGGGUUCAGAGAGACCUAAAAUCACAAGUGGGCAGCAGCUGUGAAGUUGCCCAAACCCAGCUGGCAUUGGGAAAGAAUCUGAUGUUCUGAACUAUCCAUAGAAAAGUGAGAAAUCUGUGUUAAACCCUCUUCUUUUAAACCAAAUUUGAUAGCCAACAUGAUGCAGCUCCAUCAUUCUUAGCUUCUCUCUGGAGGCUAUCCUGGUGAGACUGGGAUGUUGAUGGCAUCAAGCGGAUGCUUUGAUGGGAUCAAUCAAAUGCUUUGAUGUGAAGAGUGCUUCUGAAUUUCUUCAUUUUUCUCUUUUUGCUUGAGAGGAGUGGGAUCUGCAGACAAGCUUUGAGAAAUAUCCUCUCAAUUUGAUGUCUCCAAGUAAUGUCCAAAGACAAAACCCAUUUCAUCUCCAUGUACAAUCACCUUGGAGGCCCAAAGCGAAGGGCCUGUUUAGAAGGCAAUGUUUUAUUCUCUGUGUUUAUAUCUUCUGUAAUGGACCUCUCUUCUGAAAAUCUUUGAAAACACUUUAAAGCAACUUGAUCAUCAAAGGUAAUAAAGUCUAAGCGGCAUUUUUCUUGACAGGGAGGGAUGUGAUUGUCUAGACUACAGUAAAACGAUCCAUGAGGCUAAAGUUGGGGUGAGCAUUGGGUGACGUUGCCACUUAGCUCAAGCCAAGGACAAGGAGGGCAGACAGAUUUAAAGAUGUAGCAAAUAAGUGGCUUUUGACUGAGAUCACUUUAAUGUGCACUGAAUGUUUUCUGGUAUUGAGUGUAUAAAAGGAUAAUGUUAGAAGGUUUAUUUUGACUAUACAAGAGUUUAAAGAUUUGAAUGUAAGGUACCUCAUGUAAAUAUGCUUCCUAGUUAUGGUUAAACAUCCCUAGUUUGAAAGAAUCUGUCAGUGAUUAGUUACAUAGUCAAUGGAUCCUGUCACCUUUCUCUUUCUUGACCUCGAUUAUUUUUACGUGACAAUUAUUAUUUCAAGUGAAAAUUCAUUAUUUGUGCCUUUUGGAGACAUGGUUGCUCUAAUGGUAUUGAGUUUACAGUCACUCUCCUCCAUAAUAACCUUCCUAUAGGAUUCAAUGAAAAAGGUUUUGUUUUCUCUGCAGAGAGAUUAUGCUGUUACAGUAGCAUUUAUGUUCUAUUCUAGAUAGCUAUUCUAUCUAGAAAUGUUUAAACAUUCUGACAGCCAUUUGCAGAAUUCUUUGACAAGUUUAUAAUUUCAGUGGCUGGUUUUGAGAAGUACCUAUAUGUGUGCUCCUGGUUGGUGUUCUAGAUUGUUCAAUCUACAUAUUCAUGACUUUUCGUCUGUAGAGACAAGGAGAGUGGACCCAUGGCGCUAAACACAAGCACAGCAUUUUUUAAAAAUUCUAUUUUGGAGAGGAACUUUGAGGCCACACAGCAAUUUGUAUCAUGCAACUAAUAUUUAUAUCCCCAGUCAACUACAGGACUAUUAUACUAAACAGAGAAAAGCUUUUUUUUUUUUUUUUUUUUUGGCCUUUAGGUUCCAUUGUAUGCCUUUUUCUACUCUUUUGAGGUUUUGUGCAUAGAUGAGACUUCAGAUUGAAAACUCUGCAGCCUGAGAUGUUCCAUUUAUUCACAGUCAUUACAGGGUAGUAAACUCAGAUUUAAAGAAACACAUCUCUCAACAAAGAGUGCCAACAAAGAAGGUGUGGGUAACAUUGAGCCCUGAAGGAGCUGACUGGUCAGACUAAGCGGUCGCUGGGUCUGGCCACUCUCUCUUUAGACAGGAAGGGGUGGCCUCCUCUGGAGUCUCCCAGCUAGAAAGUGAUCCCCAGGCCAUAAAUCUGUGGAAAGGAAUACACUUCUCAAACAGUGCAGCAACAGGGGGGCCUUCAGUUUGUGGUUGCUGUAUUUUUUAAAGAAACCUAGUGCUUUUCCUUAAAAAAAAAAAAAAAGUUGAAUAAUAAAGGAAAUGUCAUGGUAAAAAUGCCAAACAUAUGUUUCAGCUUGAUAUUAUUAAGUGACACCACAGUUUUUCCUCUCUCUCUUUCCCUUCCCCAACCCCCAUCCCCUUUGCUUUAAAAAGGCUUUUUAAAUUGUGUUACUGCAUAAGGUCAACCCAGCAGAUUUCUGAACAUAAGAUUGAUAGGAUUUCUAAAAGAAGUUGCUCAAAAAGAUAAAAUUGGAUAUUGCGUGCACUUGCAGAGAAAGACUGCUUCUGUUUGAAUUUCAAAAUAGUCCUCCAUUUCUCUUUAUUGUUAUUGGUGAUCCCAUUGCAGAUUUGGCAUAAUUUAACCCCGUCCGUUGUCUCAGCUCCUUUACCUUUUACCUUUUUAGAUUUUCUUCUUUAAUUUUUAUAGUUACGUAUGGUCCAGAGGAAAUAUGGUAUUUCUGUUCACUUUCAGUGUUUCAAAAUCAUUGGGUCAUUUUAUCAGUCUCAUCUGUUCUUCAUUUCCUGUUGUCCUGUAGUUCUGUUUUAAUAUAUAUAUUUAGUGCUUUAAGUAUUUCCUUGUGUUAUUCAACAUGAUAAUAAAUCCGUACCUAAGAGAAGACUAUUUUAUUUUAUUUUACUUAAAGGGCAUUUAUUGGAAUUUCCUGACUAGCUUGCCUAGUAUGUGGGAAGGGGAACACUGAAUAAAGACAGUGAAGGAACAGAGGGAGCCAGGCCCCACAGCGCGCUAGGACACUGCCCCUGCUGCUGUGGACGCCCCCUAUGGGCAGCAUGUUUCAAAUACAAUCCUACCAAUUAAAUUGGCAUGAAUUUUACAUGAAACAUUCCGACUCCCAUUUGCAGCCAGCAUAAUGACUACUUUUUUAUGCUCCUAAUUAUUUUUUUCCUGUCAUUUCUAUAUUUUCCUCUAAAACCGACACUCAAAUAGUUUUUUUUUCUCUCCCUUAAAUGGAGUUAAGAUGAAUAAUUCUCCUUCAAAUAUAUAUGAAGCAAACAUUCCUAUGGAAUAAGGCUUAAUUGGAGGCUCACAUUUUUUUUUCCUCUGAGCUGUUUUCUGAAUGGCUAGGACUAUUCUGAUUUGGGACGCAGCAACUUUCCUCUGGCAAGGGGAGAGCUAAGAAAUGUCAUAGUAAACAGCUUCCCUUGUUGAUUGUGAGGCUCUCAGCCUGGUCUUCUGAGCAUCAGCUGACAGGCAGCAGCUGAUCCAGCUCUGUGUAUCUGUUGGGGGGAGGGGUGGGGGUUGGAGCAGCCACACCUGCAGGGAACCUUUGGUGCAUGCUCAUAGCAGAUAUGCUCUCUGGGCAGGUGCUUUUAAGUCUGAGAGCACUUUUCCACCACACCUGCAGAUGCGGAGGAAACAAGACUUCAGCGAGAUCUUAGAAAUCAGGGGAUAUUUGUUAAUAUCUUAUUCAUUGCUUUGUCAGAGUUCCCCAAAUGGGCAUCUCUGGUUCCGUUUCUAAGUAGAAAAACCAAUCAUUUGGAAACAAAGCAAAAACCUGCCUAGUUUUUAUAUCCAGAGCCUGACAACGAGGAAGCACUCUAAGUGUGGGUCUGAGAUGUUUCCAGGCCCUUCCUACUUGCAAAGUCGCUCCCCCUUCAGUAGCUGCCAGCAUUUUUCUCCUGACUAGGAGCUUUCACUGAAAUGGAGGUAAGUCCCUUCUUUGCCAAAAUUGGCCCUUGGGGAACCACUGGGGCACAGAAUCAGGGGUGAGAGGCACUUCUCCUCCCAUCGCCAUCAGGGCAUGAAUUAUGCUCCUUGGGAAGUUGCAGAGAGACUGGUUCUGGGGUGUGUUUCAGGUCCAUGGAGAGGUAAGGAGCAAGUCUUGGGAGGGGGUGGGGUGUUUGGCCCUGGCGUAGGAGCAGAGUGGAGCGUCAUCUGAAGAGCUCUGAAGCCAAGCGUGGGAAAGAGCCCGAGUUGGCCACCCGUGGUGUGGUGGAGAGAGGUGCUGCGUGCCUGGGGCAGAUCUGUGAGUUUUGUAGUUUUUACUCAGUGUUGGUGUGUAAAGACUCCGUUGUCCCGUCGUGAUGGGUCCGUCACUUCUGCCUGGCAUGUCCCUGUUGUUGGUAGAACUUGUAUCUGGAGGUGCUUCAGGGCUGGCAGGGUUUUGGCUUAAGGACCUCAUCAUUUGAUGUUUUUAGGUAUCCUUGAAAUCAAAACCAGGGAAAAAGGGUGUUUGGUUUUUGUUGUGUUUUACAAAAAGGCAUACAAUGAGACUAGCAAUGUUAGGGUAAUGUGCUUACAAUCAUCAAUGUGGUUUUUAAAGAGUUUAUGAAGAAAAGAGCAUUUUCUUCUCAAGUUAAAAAUUAUGUAUGCAUAUAAUAAUGAUCUACAUUUACUUGAGGGCUUAGUGAAGUUUGAUUUUAUGAAGUUUGAUGUGGAUUUGUGUUUUGAUGGUCAGGCUCUACAAAAAAGGUGAAAUCUUUAAACACAGCGGUGCUAUGUUUUACCUGAUAACACACAAUACAGAAAGUGAUGAAAGGAAUUACUAUGUUUAUUCAGUAAUAAUACAAGAGUUCUUGCUAAAUUAUACAUGUGUAUCACUGCCUGAUGAGAAACCCCCACUUUUCUAACCUAGCACAAAAUCCAACUGUGAUUCUACAGCCAGUCUUUGUAAUGGGUAAAAAAGACCCAACAUCUUUGUUUUGUAUGGAAAACUUUUUUUUUUUAAUGCUAACCUGCAAAAGUGUAUUCAGAAUAAAUAAGCAUGUACUCCUUUUUUAACUGGCCUCUCCAAUUCAGCAUCACAAAAAGACAACUUCUUUUAGAAACGGAGUGUUUUAUCUAAACACAGCAGUUUAUAUGUUAGCCAAUGUAGGUCUGCACUAGUGUUUUCCACAUCUGUCACCUUCUGAGGUCAUGUCCUGUCUACAGCUAGAAGAAGCCACUUCGUGGGGAAGUGUUAAUGGUAGCACGGUUUCACUUUGGGUGAACCUGGUGAUCAUGUGUAUAUACUUAGAUUGGCUUCGUUUUAACAUUAUAGUCUCUCUGCUACUCCGCACUUCGGGUUCUUAAGCUCUUUUAAACAUUACUGGAUUUUGGCAAAUAGCAACUGAAAUAUAUAUGGCACCUGCUUUCUAGAGCAAGCGUGAUUUGUUUUAUGGCUGUUCAAAUUACAAAGGUGUUCUUACACUGUAGGUAAACAAAAUCUUGCUGUUUUUAAAGGUCAGUGUAACUUAAGGUUCAAAUUUCUGGCACAAUUUUAUUAGAAUUCACUUCUGAAGCUAAUAAGGCACCACAGUUUUUCUAUGUUACUCUCAUUGUAACAUCAAUAAAGUGACUUUCAAUAAAAGAUUGAUGUUA